GAGCCCCGCUCCGCACACACCCGUCCACAGACCCGACUCUCGGCACCUCUCAGCACCAUGAGAGCCGCACCGCUGCUGCUGCUCGGACUGGCCGCCCUGCUGGCCGCCGGUGACGCCCAGGGCACGGCCAACUGUGACCUCGGUGACCCAGCCGGCCUGCGCGACUGUGUCAAGCAGUUGCUCAUAGAGGCGCGACCCACAGUCGCAAAGAAGGUCGACCCUCUCCGUCUGCCCGACCAAAUUGAGAAAAAUACAAAGCUGACCAACAUCAAGGUCUACGGAAUCUCCGGCUACAGCGUCGACCGUCUGUCGGUGUCGUUCCCCUCCGCGGAGCAGAUGGCCGUCAGUGCCACCAUCAGCUGGCCGCACAUCAAAGGCAAGCUCGACGGUUGGGCGCGCAGGUGCAUUGAUAUCUGGAUCACUGACCUGUGUGCAUCAGCGAGCGCCAAGCCCGAGAUUACCGUCGGCCGCACGGUGGGCUCGCUCACCACCACCCUCAACGUGCACGUGGGCGGUGACGGCCGGAUCACGGUCACCGCCAGCGGCACCAGGGUCUCCCUCAACCUGGCCAGCAUCCGGGUCAAAUCUAAUGUAUCUGGCGUCACAGGCUUCUUCAAUCGGGUGUUCGGGGACCCGGCGAGCAAUUACUUGACCAAGAAGGCCAAAAGUCUGUGGAGCAAGCACAAGAGCACGAUCGAACGUAAAGCUAGGGACGCUCUGGACAGCGCGGUGAAGGAGAGGCUGGCGGUUCACCUUAGCCGUCUUCUGAAGCUCUGAACCAUCACGUCGAGGGAAGUCAGCCAGGACUGAAGUCACUCUGAAGUCAGUCAAGAUGAGCUUAUGAUAUGCUUAUGUUUGAGACACAAGAUCCCUUUGUAAGGCAGACCUGUUGUCUGUGCUGUUUAUUGAAGGGAAAAAUGUCCUUUUGAUGCAGUUAUAUCUGUAUGCGAUUUGCUCGCAAUUAGCGCUUUAAAUGAGUCCACUUGUCCUACCGCUAUCAUUUAUAACAUAACCAAUGUGUUGUUGCAUACGUGCAUCUAGCAUGCACUUUGUACUAUGAUGAGCUUCGAGGUGUCGUGAUGCAAUAAACAGUUUGCAUUGCA